GGGGCGUCCCUCUUCUUCUGAGAAGCAGGCGUGCCGUGGCUUCUCCCUCUUUCUCUUCCUCUUCCUCUGAGGAAGAAGAUGCUGCUUCGAAGCUCUUCGAGUCCGAUUCUCCACUCGUGGGUGGUGGCGCUCUCCAGGGAUCCUCUUCCUUCCGACGCCGCCACCGACGCCGUCCGCCCGCUCCGCCAAUCCAGGUCCGUGACGCAGCUCUCCUCCUUGCUCCACCUGUCCACCUCCUCGUCCCCCUCCCCUUCCGACGCCGCCACCGACGCCGUCCGCCCGCUCCGCCAAUCCAGGUCCGUGACGCAGCUCUCCUCCUUGCUCCACCUGUCCACCUCCUCGUCCCCCUCCCCUUCCUCCGCCGCUCCGUCCGCGACCCACCACCAUUCCAGCUCCGACACCGUCUUUCUCCAGCGCGACGGUUUCCGCCCAAGAAUCCCCAGAAAAGUGUCGAACAUCUCUUUGAGCAAUGACGAGGAGGCAGGGGAGGACGAUGGGCACGGUACAGCGUCGCAUUCCGUGAACCGGUUCUUCACGUGCUCCGGCCUGGACGAGACCCAAGAACCGGAGGCUGUCCUUUCGCAGGGAAAGCUCGACGAGCCCUGGAACGGUUACUGCUCGUUGGAAGCGGACGGAAUAGAGGGCAGAGAAGACUGUAGAGAGGAUCAACUUAAGAAGCGUGGUGACGACGGUGGUGCCAUCGACUUGAAUUGUUCAGGUGGAGGACUCGGAAAGAAUGACGGCCCGAGGGGAUUCUGUGACGGAGGCAGCAGAGAACGCGAGGAGAGUUCCGAUUCGGAUUCGGGUGCUACGGACGCCAAGUAUAGGAAGAUGAUCGACGCCGAUCCCUCCAACUCUCUCCUGUUGAGAAACUACGCUAAGUUCCUCCACGAGGUUGAAGGUGACCUGGAUAGAGCGGAGGAGUACUAUGGACGCGCUAUGGUCGCUGAUCCCUUUGACGGCGACGUCUUAUCUCACUAUGCAACGCUGCUCUGGAAGGAGCGCCGGGACUAUGCACUCGCCGAUACUUACUUCUCUCGAGCUAUAGAAGCAUCGCCGGGUAAUUGCUACGUGGUUGGGUCUUAUGCGAGUUUCUUGUGGGAGCUUGGUGAUGCCGAAGAAGGAGGAAGAAUUCCGGAAAAAGAGAGAAGCAGCAGUUUGGCUCACAGUGAUUCAGCUCGUCUCGAGGGAGCGGCGUCCAUGCCUUUAGUUGCUUCCGGUUGAUUAGUUGUUUGGCUGUGCUUAUAUUUCUGGCCACUUUGCUUUGUGGAUAUCAAGAAUUUUUUCCAUAUUUCGUGGUUCUCUAUGGAAACUGCAGCCUGUUUUGGUCCUUGACCUGGUUUGUCUGGUGCGCCCUGUAGAUUACUUCUAAGUUUCCUUGUACAAGCAGUUUCUUCCUUAUUUUCUUCCAUGGUGGAAUUCGUUUCACAUGGAAAGUAUAAACUCUUAGCAACAAGGGCCGUCUCUCUUGAACCUUCUUUUGUUUCUUUUGGGGGUUGGAUUCUUCGCCUUGUGAAACCCAAUCUUCUAUUAGUUUAGAGCACUAAUAACAAGAUCCUUCGUUCAA